ACGACACCUAUGAAAACAUAUUUACGACACUUAUGAAAACACAUUUACGACAGCACCAUGGCUGCCUUUGGAGCAAGCUUUGAAAGCGAGAAUUCAAUCGAAGACAGAAAGGAAAAUAAAAGAAAAGCUCGUCAAGAAGUGGUUGAAAAGGCCAAGCAGUGUUAUGAGAGGGAGGAGAAGAAAAAGGAGCUGAAGAAGCUGAGGGGAGAAGACACCUGGAUGCUCCCUGAGCUCGACCAACGAUUGAAGCAGAUAGGACAGGAAGACUCUCUCAAGAGCAAGAAGAGGAAGAAAGAGAAAAAGUCUAAAAAGGCCAAGAAGGAGAAGAAGAAGAAGAGAGAUAAGAAAGAGAAGAGAGCAGGGACGGGAGAUGGCUGCAGUGACAGCUCCGAGGACUCAGAGGAGGAGUGGGUGGAGGCCCAGCCCCAGCCAGAAACGGUUAAAGGCUGGAAGAUUCCGGCAGAGGCCAAGGCUGCAGAGAGCAGCCGUAGUCCAGCCCAGGAUGCCAAGCGAGACGAGUGGAUGACCUUUGACUUUCUGGCAAUGAAAACCACAUCGACAACAGAGAGGCGAGCUGAAAAAGACCGGCUGAAAGGGGAGGAGAAGUCCAAAGCCGAGGCUAUCGAACAGGCGGGUCUGCACAAGCUGGAGCUAAACCCGUUUUGGAAGGACGGAGGAAGCGGUCUGCCCCCAGAGAAGAACGCUGUUGCGGUUGCUGAGGCCAAAAGAGUGUCUGCAGUCAACGAUGGCGGUCUGAGCUGGUUGAAGAAGAGCUACCAGAGGAUGAGGGAGCAGGCAGAGAGAGAUAAUUGCAGCCUGAACGAAAUAGUGGCCCAGAGAUACGGGUCCAUGGAGGAGUUCCAGAAGCGUCUGGCAGAGGCGGAAGAAGCGGCCUAUGGGGCACCGAGGAGAGGGGGGAACAGGGGCAUGGGGAGGGGGAACUGGAGGAGAGGAGACAGGGACAGCUGGAGGAGGGGAGAGGGGGACACGGCCGACAGAGAGGGCUGGGGACGAAAUGAGAGGGAGCGAGACACAUCUCCUCGAGAUGGCGGCAAGCGUUGGGAGAGAAGUGGCUCGCCGAGGGAACAGGGGAGCGAGCGGGAAAGAGGCCCGGGUGAAGGACGCUUCAGAGAGAGGGACCGCAGCAGGGACCGGCACAGAGGAGAGGAUGACCGGGACGGGGAGCGAAGACGCAGGAGCAUGGACCGAGACGAGGAACGGCCCAGAGAGAGGGAGAGGGCCAAUAACAGACGUACAGACCCGGACAGAGAGGGAGACAGAGACAGGGAGAGAUACAGAGACGGGCCCAGGGAGAGGGAUGGAGGCCGGUCUGGGGGUUCUGACAGAGCCCCGCGUGGCGAUCGUCCGUCCUGCCGAGAAGACUCCUCCCCUGGACGCAGCCGGCACACCCCUCCCCUGUCCCUUGGGUCGUUGAAAGGCCGUUUCCUCAAGCCCUCAGAAGAUGAGGACGGUGGAGUUCGCAGGUCAGCACCAGAUCCUGCUCGUCUCUCCAAGGCCUUCCUGAAGCCCAGCUCCGACGACGAGGACUCCCCGAAGACGGUGCGUCAGCACCACGGUGUUCCCCCCUCAAGGAGAGAGAGCGGCCCGGCCCAGGGAACCGACAGACCAACAGCACCACAUCACGGGGAUAGGAUGGUUACUGCGACGGCUCACCAUGGGAACAAGGCAGCAGUCACAUCCUCAAGUGAGGAGAGUGAAGAAGAGGAGCUUCCACUGCUCACAGAUGAGGAGAUGAACAAGCUGGGAGCCAAGCUGGUGAAGGCAGAGAUCAUGGGGAACACGGCCCUGGUAGACAAGCUCAAAUCCCAGAUGGAGCUCGCUCGUAAAGCCAAAGAAAACCACGCAACCAGACUGCAACAGGCGAAUGCCGCCAGAGCAAGCCAGCCUCCAGGGCGAUCCGAGGAAGACAAGGAAGUGCUGCUGUUCAGGACGGACCACUCGGGCCGGGCCUGGCCUGUCAACGCCCCGUCCGAACCCCAGGAGCCGCACGGAGGACGCAGGAAGAGAAAGCCGAUUGAGACUCACGUUGACGGCGAGCGCGUGCGCUACUUCCAGGAUGAUGACAGUAUGGGUCUGCAGGAGAUGGUCCGCAGGGAGAAGAUGAGCACGCCACAGGACCAGAAUGCACUCUACUCGCGCAUGGCUGGCAAGAUGAUGGGCAAGGCGGACGGCGACAACUACACGCUGGACGACAUGUUUGUGUCGAGCGCGGCGCAGCGGGAGGGAGAGGGCCGGGACGAGGAGCGCAUGAGGAGCCAGGCGGUGGCGGAGAGCCGGCGGCUGGCCGCCUCCAUGGACCAGUGCCCGCGCUGCUUCAACAGCCAGGAGCUGCAGAAGCACCUCAUCGUGGCCAUCGGGGCCAAGUCGUAUUUGAGCCUUCCAGCAGGAGUGUCGAUGACCGAGGGCCACUGUCUCAUCUCACCCCUCCAACAUCACUGCUCCGCCACGGGAUUGGACGAGGACAUCUGGUCAGAGAUGCAGCUGUUUCGCCGUUCUUUGGUGCGCAUGUUCGAGUCCCAGGACCAGGACUGCGUCUUCAUGGAGACGCACAUGAACCCGCGCAGACGGCAGCACAUGGUUCUGGAGUGCGUACCUCUACCCCGAGAACUGGGCGACAUGGCUCCUAUAUACUAUAAGAAAGCCAUCAUGGAUUGUGACGAGGAGUGGGCCAUGAACAAGAAAGUGGUCAACCUCUCGUCGAAGGAUAUCCGGCAGGCGGUUCCCAGGGGCCUGCCCUACUUCGCCGUGGACUUUGGACUGCAGGGCGGCUUCGCUCAUGUGAUUGAGAACGAGCAGAAGUUCCCUCACUACUUUGGCAAGGAGGUGGUGGGAGGCAUGAUGGAUCUGGAGCCGCGCCGCUGGCGUAAACCAAUCAGGGAGAACUUUGACGAUCAGAGGAAGAAAGUCCUGCAGUUCGCUCAGUGGUGGAAACCGUAUGACUGUACCAAGGCUGACGGCUAGCUGAAUGCACACACACAUGCAUGGUGUACUUGGUGUAGUACUUAGUUAACAAGUAUGUUCCAAAAUUCCAAGAAGAAAGGUUUUGUGACAAAACGCACUCAAGCCAAUAAACAUAGACAUUCAGUCUUUUAAAAUGAUGUGAAUGGGAUGAAGGUAUUUUGAUAUGCUAGAUGUUUUAAAUAAAAGGAUUUUGAUCAA